CAGAGGGACGUUUCGGCUGGCAAAGAAACACUCCUUCAAGCGGAAGCGAUUUUCUCCACGCUUUCUCUCGUUUUCUUUCUGCGUGCGUGUGCAUCGACUCCUCCCGACGUCGUCUCGCUGCUACGUAGGAUUUUCGACUUCGCACACACUUUGUCACUGCGAAAGUUGCCGCGCCCUCCUUGUUGCCUUUCGCGCCUUCUUUUCCUUUCCGUCCGUUUCUGCAUCCUACUUCCGUUCCUCUGUCUUUUCUCCCCUCUUUCUUCUUUCCGCUCGUUUCUGUGCUGCCGCGGACUCUCCGCCUGCACUCGCGCGCGGUCCACGUCUCCACCUCAACGGGACACUCGUGGGGUAGCUCCGCAAGAAAGCGCUUCUUGAAGAGAGACACACGCAGAAUUUCCCUUCUCUCUUGACAGACAGGCUUCCUCUUCGAGGAGAGGGCGACUACGUCUUUCUUCGAUUUGCUUGCUUUUCCUCGCCGCCUUGAGACGCUGAAUCCCGGCAGAAGAGGAAUUCGGUAUCGACGCCAAGCGUUGCCUUUUUCAGAAGGAAGUAGCAGCGGCGGAGAAUGACACGCCGCAAUUAGAUUCGCUUUCCAAGAUGCACACGAGAGGCGAAAUGCAGAUGUCCGUACAGCUGGGAGGAGGCGAGCCCGAUGGGGGCUGCGCUGUCUCUCGGGAAAUCGGCUCCCCCCACGAUGUGGAAACGUCCCUUGUUCUUUCUUCCUCGUCUCCUCCUUCACUCCGGGAUGAAUGUGAAUCAUUUCCAGACUCUCAGCUCUCAACCACCGCGCUUGUCUCCUUGCCGCACACCCAUGCCAGUUCAAUGCGUUCCUCGCGAUGCCUUGAAGUGAACCCAACGCGUGGUUGGACUCUCCCUUCUGUCUCCCCCUUGUCUGCUCCUUCUUCUUCUCCUUCUUCUCCUUGUUCCAUUGCUUCUUCUUCUCUUUGUUCUUCUGCUCUUUCCUCUCCUGCGUCUUCUGCUCCUUCUUCGUCUCUGUCUGCUUGUUUUGUGUCGUGUCGCUCUUCUCAGUCCCCGUCUUUCUCUCCUUCGUUUUGUCUCUCCUUUCCUCCAGCCGUGUCUCUCUCUUUCGGACAACUCCUGUCUCUUCUCGUUCUCGCACUUAUUCUUCUCUUCCCAGAGAUGCGGGGGGGGCCUCUCUGCUCGGAGGCAGUCUUGCAUCACUUUGCGCGGCAGGCUGCGCCUGAAGUCUCUCGUUCCGCGAGGCCGAUCCUCUCUCCGGAUCUUCCAAGCGCCUCGCCCUCCUCCAGCCACACUUCCCCUCUCACUGCCCCUCCUCCUCGCUUCUUCUCUUCGUCUUUUUCUUCCAUACUCGCUCCUUCUCCACGGUAUUCUCGACAUUCUUCUCUUUCGUCUUCUGCGUCUGCGCCGUUCUGGGUGACUUCCGAGGCUGUUCGUGGUAUCAAGGUCGCUUGUGCGAGACCGGCUCCUCUUGCCUUUGCUUUCGCGCCGUCAGUGCGAGUCUCUUCGCGACCUUAUUCACCUUUUCUCGGCCACGCGUCUCGUUCUCCUUUCUCUUUUUCAUCUUCGCCUCCAUCUUCGUCUUCUUCUUCUCGUUUCGGUGUCUCUUAUUCGGCCUCCUCAGCGUGCAGUCUGUCUCCUCGACCUCUUCGCAACACCUCCCCGUCUUCGUCUCUCAGACUGUCCUCUUCUUCUCAUUCUUCUUCUCCUCCUUCUCCUUCUUCUCCGCCUUCUGCGUCUUCUCCAGCGUCGGGGAAAGAAGAAAGUGAGGGGAUUUCGUUGCUUCUUUCCAAGCCGCGAGGCUUCUGCGCGGGCGUCUCCCGAGCGGUCGGAAUCGUUGAAGAGGCCCUCCGGAUUUGGGGUCCCCCCGUCUACGUCAAACACAGCAUUGUCCACAACGAGGUAGUUUGCGAGGCCAUGCGCAAAAAGGGCGCAGUUUUCGUGGAAGAGAUCUCAGACAUUCCCCGCGGGGCAGUUGCUGUCUUCUCCGCUCACGGUGUCUCUCCAGCUGUCCGUGCAGAGGCCGAGGCUCGGCAGCUGCAGGUCGUUGAUGCCACUUGUCCUCUCGUCACUAAAGUCCACGUUUACGUCAAGCAAAAGGCAGAACAAGGCUACCACAUCAUUUUGAUUGGUCACAAGAAUCAUGUGGAAGUGAUUGGCACCCAGGGUGAGGCACCGGGAGCAGUGACGGUAGUGGAGUCUGUGGAGGACGUGGAGCAGUUGUCUUUCUCGGAUUCCCAGAAGUUGUUUUACGCGACACAAACGACGCUCAGUCUGGACGACUGCGGAGCGAUUCGGCAGGCACUGAUUGAGAAAUACCCGAAAAUUGAGACCAUUCCGAGCGGGUCCAUCUGCUACGCGACAACGAAUCGACAGACGGCACUGCAGCGUCUCGCUCCGGAGACCGACCUCACGAUCGUCGUCGGCAGUGAGGCCUCGUCCAACGCGAAGAGACUCGUGGAGACAGCCCAGCGAAGAGGCACGACGGCCUACCUGGUGAACGAUCCAAAUGCGAUCGAUCCGCGAUGGCUUGAGAACGUGAAGCGAAUUUCCCUCACGUCCUCUGCGUCGACACCGGAAGAGACCACCGGUGCGGUCGUUCGGCGCCUGGAGGAACUUGGCGUCGCCGUUGUGUCUGAGCACGAGGGAAUUCUCGAAAGAGUCCCCAAGUGGAAAUUCCCCAAAAACUUGCUAGAAGCAGGAAAGAAGAAAUUGGACGACACGAGUCGCCAGACAGCUCUCGGAGUGGAGACGCUGGUCGCCCGAGACUCUUGAAUAGGCCCCCUCCCUGUUUAUUCAGUUUUGAAAUAAUGAGGUUCGGCCUGUUGGCUGUUCGUUAGUUUCAGGUGAAAGGAAAAACGUGCGGUAAAUGUGUCCACACUUCACUGUAUAGCCGUCAGUCUAGGAGACUGGACGUGUCUAUGUACAAGACAGAAGGGUUUCUUUUUUCCCAGGUGCGCUUGUUGCUCAGCGGUGCAGAAACACGUUUUGCAGUCGGAGAUGGAUUGUAGUAGUCCACAGGGACGCCUGGUGUGUAGCACCUUCUGGAUUACAUUUGUGUAACUACAGAUGUAAAAGUAGGGACUCUCGCUUAUGAGAAUCUCGCACUUCUUGUACAUUCGAACUCGUGGGUCGAUAUCUUGACUGGCGCAUGCAACUGCUGUGUGCAUGAAGUCGAGGACCCACUGCUCAUUUGCAGAGCGGGAACACUCGAGGAAACAUUUAGGAUUUUGCAGGGGCUCUCACGCUACGAGCGCUUCACCAGCCGUACCUUCUUACGCCUAACUGUCACUGCACCAAGUCACAGAAUGUGUAAAACGUAUUAGCACCUGCGGAGAAUGCCGUCAGUCUGCGUAGAGGCUAAGACUUACAGACCCUCCCCGUUGGAGUGGAACCUCUUUCCCGCACUAGAAGGCGGCUUGCGAAAAGUGCCACAGGGUGUUCCUGGUAGACACGUAUUUCUGGCCGUUACCGUUGAAAGUGAAAUAUGUUUCAUCGUGCCAUGACCGCUUUUGCUUGGAGUCGAAAACUGUCGGUUGCGAUAUUCCGCCCCGCGUUCCCCCCCUAAAAGGCGACACUGCCAUCACUCGAGUGAAACUGUUUUCCCUUGUGCGCGUAUGACGCCACUUGCAGACGUCCAUCAGCAUUUGCAGAACGGCGGUCAGCCGGACAACCACAGAACGACAC